ACAAACAAAAUUAAAUUUAAACAGACGAUAAACUACAUCAAACCAAUACAAAUACAACCCUGCACGAAGCGAAGUAUGCAACAUAUCCUAGGUCCGACAAUUUACGACAAAACUAUAUUGUCAUUUGCAACGAAAAGAAGUGUCAAAAAUUUUUAGCAGUCUUGAAAUAAAUUGCAAAACAUUGUUUCUUGCUUACUACUAUCAAUUCUAGUCAUGCCAGGCCAAAGAGUAGAUGAACCCAAACCAUAUAAAUUUUUUAGUGACGAUGAGGUGUAUAUGCGCCUGCUGUAUGACAGUAGAAAAUUAUACGAUUCGUUGAAAGGUGCGUCGAUCAAUAGUGAUACGGAUCAAGUUCCAAUACGUGCAACUUUUAGUUUAGAUGACGACGAUGACUAUAUGCGCCCACCGAGAAGAAGUACUUAUAUAAAAUUGGAAGGAAAAGUGCCAGAGGGUGCGAUAUAUAGUUCGUUUGAAGAUGAGGACGACACACUUCCACCAAAAACUACUGUGACCACUCAGGACGUGAGUCCUGUUCGUUUAUUUCAAUACAAAAACGUUAUUCAAGAAAGUCCAUCCUAUCAUUUGGACAAAGAUAAGAAAAGUACACAUCCACCAAAAACUACUAUGUCAAUUAAAAAUUUUAAUUAUGCUCAAGGUCGUUUAUUUAAUUACAAAAAGGAUACUGCAAAAAAUCGUUCCUAUAGUUUGGGUAAAGAUAAAAAAAACAGACCUCCACCAAAAAUUACUGUUCCAAUUCAAAACAUAAGCCGUGUUCAAUCUCGUUUAUGUAAAUAUAAAAAGUUUACUCCAAGAGAUCAUUUCUAUCGUGUGCACAAAGAUAAGAAAAACACAACUCCACCAAAAACUACUGUGCCCAUUCAGGAAUUGAGUUCAAUUCAAGCACGUUUAUAUAAAUACAAAGAGGAUACUCCAGAUGUUCAUAUUCAUCAUUUAGACGAAGGUAAGAAAAGCACACCUCCAUCAAAAACUACUGGGUCCAUUCAAGAAAUGACUUCUGUUCAAGCACCUUUAUAUAAAUACAAAGAGGUUACUCCAGAUGUUCAUUUUCAUCAUUUGGACGAAGAUGAGAAAACCAGACCUCCACCAAAAACUGCUGUGCCCAUUCAAGAAAUGAGUUCUGUUCAAGCACGUUUAUAUAAAUACAAAGAAGUUUCUCCAGAAGAUCUUUCCCAUCAUUUGGACGAAGAUAAGAAAAACAUACCUCCAACAAAAACUACUGUGCCCAUUCAAGAAAGGAGUUCUGUUCAAGCACGUUUAUAUAAAUACAAAGAGGUUUCUCCAGAUGUCCAUUUCCAUCAUUUGGACGAAGAUAAUAAAAACAUAGCUCCACCAAAAACUACUGUGCCCAUUCAAGAAAUGAGUUCAGUUCAAGCACGUUUAUAUAAAUACAAAGAGGAUACUCCAGAUGUUCAUAUUCAUCAUUUGAACAAAGGUAAGAAAAACAUACCUCCACCAAAAGCUUCUGUGCCCAUUCAAGAAAUGAGUUCUGUUCAAGCACGUUUAUAUAAAUACAAAGAAGUUUCUCCAGAAGAUCUUUCCCAUCAUUUAGACGAAGGUAAGAAAAGCACACCUCCAUCAGAAACUACUGGGCCCAUUCAAGAAAUGAGUUCUGUUCAAGCACCUUUAUAUAAAUACAAAGAGGUUACUCCAGAUGUUCAUUUUCAUCAUUUGGACAAAGGUAAGAAAAGCGCACCUCCACCAAGAUCUACUGUGCCCAUUCAAGAAAUGAGUUCUGUGCAACCAUGUUUAUAUAAAUACAAGGAGCUUUCUCGAGAAGAUCUUUCCCAUCAUUUGGACGAAGAUAAGAAAAACAAACCUCCACCAAAAACUACUGUGCCCAUUCAAGAAAGUAGUUCCGUUCAAGCACGUUUAUAUAAAUACAAAGAGGUUUCUCCAGAAGUUCAUUCUCAUCAUUUGGGCGAAGAUAAGAAAAACAUACCUCCACCAAAAACUACUGUGCCCAUUCAAGAAACGAGUUCUGUUCAAGCACGUUUAUAUAAAUACAAAGAGGUUACUCCAGAUAUUCAUUUUUAUCAUUUGGACGAAGAUAAGAAAAGCACACCUCCACCAAAAACUUCUGUGCCCAUUCAAGAAAUGAGUUCUGUUCAAGCACGUUUAUAUAAAUACAAAGAGGUUUCUCCAGAAGUUCAUUCUCAUCAUUUGGGCGAAGAUAAGAAAAAAAUACCUCCACCAAAAACUACUGUGCCCAUUCAAGAAAGGAGUUCUGUUCAAGCACCUUUAUAUAAAUACAAAGAGGUUACUCCACAAUUUCUUUCCCAUCAUUUGGACGAAGAUAAGAAAAGCACACCUCCACCAAAAACUUCUGUGCCCAUUCAAGAAAUGAGUUCUGUUCAAGCACGUUCUCCAGAAGAUCUUUCCCAUCAUUUAGACGAAGGUAAGAAAAGCACACCUCCAUCAGAAACUACUGUGCCCAUUCAAGAAAUGAGUUCUGUUCAAGCACGUUUAUAUAAAUACAAAGAGGUUACUGCAGAUGGUCAUUUUCAUCAUUUGGACGAAGAUAAGAAAACCAGACCUCCACCAAAAACUACUGUGCCCAUUCAAGAAACGAGUUCUGUUCAACCACGUUUAUAUAAACACAAAGAGGUUAUUCCAGAAGUUCAUUCCCACCAUUUGGACGAAGAUAGUAAAGACAUACCUCCACCAAAAACUACUGAGCCCAUUCAAGAAAUGAGAUCUGUUCAACCAUGCUUAUAUAAAUACAAAGAUAUUUCUCCAGAAGAUCUUUCCCAUCAUUUGCACGAAGAUAAGAUAAACAUACCUCCACCAAAAUCUACUGUGCCCAUUCAAGAAAUGAGUUCUGUUCAAGCACAUUUACAUAAAUACAAAGAGGUUACUCCAGAAGUUCUUUCACAUCAUUUGGACGAAGAUAAGAAAAUCAAACCUUCACCAAAAACUGCUGGGCCCAUUCCAAAUGAAACAACAAAAUUUUCAAUCAGUAUAAAUAAACGGUACAUUGAAGAAGCUGUUGUGCAGCUCUUUACUGAAAACAUGAGACCUUUCUCCAUGCUCGAGAAUACAGCAUUUAAGGUACUGACUGAACCAGUAUUGAAUGCUGUUGGAAUAAAAAUUAAUGAACACAAUAUUAAUGAGCGUAUUGUGAAAUAUUCCACAAAAAUUAAGGACGAAAUUAUUGAAGGCUUAAAAGGAAAGCUCAUUUCAAUAAAAAUUGAUAUAGCGUCCAGACACAAUUUGAGUGUAGUUGCCAUAAAUGUGCAAUAUAUUAAAAACAAAGAAAUUUUAAUUAAAUCAAUUACAAUGGAUGUUUUUCAAGACUUUGGUAUAAAUUUGCAUCAAAUUUUAACAAUUACUACGGAUAAUGCUGCUAACAUGAUUAAAACUGUAGCAGACUUGAAUCAAGAAUUAAAUGAGGAGCAAGCAGUAGAAAGUGACGAAGAACAAAAUGUGGAUCACUUAGAAUUAAUGCCUUCAGAUCUUGUAUCAUCUGGAGUUCAGUCUAUAAGAUGUGGGGCUCACACCAUACAACUUUACGUAAACGACGUUAUGAAAACGGAAAGAGUUUUAACAACACCAUCAAACUCAGUUGUACUAGAUGCAAGCUCAACUAGCGUGACAUCCACCAGCAAUACCAGACCAGUAUCGUUAUCGGAAUAUUUAACAAACUUAGACUUUACACCGGAUGAUACAUCAACUUCAAUUUCAGAACUAGAAGAGGAUAUAAUCUUGUACGAACGGCAACGACGAUUUCCUUUGGAACACAAUAUAUUGCAUUAUUGGGACUGUAAAUUUCAUGUAUUAAAUGAAAUUGCGAACGUUGUCCAUGCAAUUCCUGCAACGCAAGUAAGCAUGGAACGACUAUUUUCUUCGCUGAAAAUUCUACUAUCAGAUCAAAGAAAUAGACUUUCACCAUUUAUGUUGGAGAAUAUACUAUUCGUUCGAGCAAACGCUGAAUUUAAAUACACUUGA